AUGGAGGUACUGAAGGGAAGGCUGAGGGUGAGGAAUAUGCUGUUUAGGGAGUUAAUGGCUGAGACCUUGGCUACGUUCGUCCUUAUGGUGAGUACUUAUGGUAAAUGUAUAUUUUCCUAUUGUUAUCAUCAAUGAUCAAGGGUUGUUACUGUUUUAUGCAUUCUUAAAUCUCCUGGGAAUUUGUUUAUUCUAUGUGUUUUAAAGUGCUUGGGAGCAAAAACUACCUCACCACCAUUGAAGAACAAUCAAAAUGCUCUAGAGUAGCUGUUCCUCAAGAAUCCAUUGACCAUUCAAAUAUAUGUUUUGACACAGUCAAGACUUGAGUUGGAAUCAGAUCCAGAAACAUGGAACUGAACACAGCAACCCUGGGUUAAAACGGAAUGUUCUAGAAAGUACUUCACUCUUCUAUCACCUCCACCAUUGCAAGUCUCUACGUGCUGUUUUUAGUUCUCGCCAACCUUGUUGCAAUGUCUCUUUUUCUCUUCCAUCUUCAUUCCUUAAUCAGUGUGCUUUCUUUUGAAGAUAUUUGGCAAGCAUGCAUGGUGACUGUACUAAGUUGACCAUGGAACAUCUCUCUUCCCCAUACCUCUCCCAUCCGUCCACCCUUCCUCCACUCUCCCUACUCCGUCCCUCUCUCCUUCCUCAAUCUCUCCCUCAGAUGUUUGGCUGUGCGGCGAUGGCCCAGGUGAAGUUGAGUCGAGGGACCAAGGGCGAGUACCUCUCUGUCAAUAUGGCCUUCUCAGUGGGUGUCAUGAGUGCCAUGUACCUUGCCAGGGGCGUCUCCGGUAAGUGGUAAUUCAAGACAACUACCGGUAGCCUCAUAUAUGCAUAACCCUUCCAAGUACAAGACAGAGAAUCCAAAUUGUAGUGAUAAUCAAGUCAAAGCAGUGUGAAUGUUUUCAUUUAACUCUCUUGGAACCUUACUGUUUGUAACCUGACCCUUGUACUGUAGACUCACUACGUAUACUGAAUGUUAUCAAUAUUGUACCAUACAUAUCAAAAAGAAAAAUAUUUUUCGUCUUACCUCUUCUUCCUUCCCUCUUUUCUUUCCUUUUCCCUCUCUCAGGAGCCCACCUGAACCCAGCUGUCUCCCUCAGUUGCUGUGUGCUGGGGAGGCUGCCUUGGUCUAAACUUCUGCCCUACUGCCUGUCUCAGGUUCUGGGGGCCUAUAUAGCUGCUGCUGUGGUCUUCCUCAUGUACUAUGGUGGGUCUGAUAACACUGCUGAAAUGACAGUUGUCUUAGAUAUUUCUAACCGUCUUUCUUGGUUUUCCUCUCUCUGUCCCUCUAUCCAGAUGCUAUUAUGGACUACAGCGGUGGCGUCCUGACUGUAUACGGCCCAAAUGAAACAGCCUCCAUCUUUGCUACCUACCCAUCCGACUACCUUUCUCUAGGGGGCAGCUUCUUUGACCAGGUAGGAGAGAGGGAAAAUAAUCAGUGCAUAUAGUGAUGCAUUCUUGAGGAUUGUGGGUAUUGUACCUCCUUUAGAGGAUAUUGUACAGAUGUAGGAUCUGAAUUUGACCAGUAUUGUACCAAGAAAAAACAUCCUGCAGCAACAGGAUUUGAACGUUUAGUCCAUGUUGCUUUAUCGGUGGUUAGGCUAUUAGCUGACCAAAAUUAGGCAACAUGAAAAGUGCAAUACUGUUAAUAUAACCGUGUGUUAUUGCGUGUUUUCAGUUAAUUUAUAUAAAUCCUGACGCUCAUCUGCAUUUCCUGUGGUUCAGGAAAAUUCUCAGCAACAAGUGAUCAAAUUAAGAUCCUACAUCUGUACCUCUAACUUAAUCUCUAAUCCUUUACACUGUACAUGUUUUUAGUUUACUAUGUUGUGUCUUGUUGUAUCUACCAUUCCUUCCCCACACACAGUUAGUUCCCUCAGGAAAUAAAACCUAUUUGAAAGUGUAAUUGGACUUGUAGUUCACAAAAGCUAAUUCAUACAUUUCUGUUGUUUCCUUCAGAUGGUGGGCACAGGCAUGAUCAUGCUGUGCUUUCUACCCCUGGAUGACUGGCGGAACAAGCCUGCAUCCGCUGACCUGGUGCCCCCCCUCACUGCCGUGGUUCUCAUGGGUAUCUCCCAGUCCAUGUCCUCAAACUGUGGGGGAGGGAUCAACCCUGCCCGGGACCUGGGGCCACGCCUCCUCACCCUGACUGCAGGAUGGGGUACAGAGGUCUUCACGUGAGUCAUCUCGGCAACCCGGAACCAAAAUCUCAUGUCAGCUACUCAAUUAAGUAACAUAUAUUCAUAUACGUCUGUCCACAAGAGAUUACACAAGAGUGUCUUUGGGGAGGGAGAUGGAGGAGACGUAGUGAGACAUUUUAAUGACGUGCAAUGAAGAGUACUCACUAUUAUACAUUGAUAUUUAGAUAAUGCAACAUUAGAUCAAGGGACUCAAAUGGAGGUUCAGCACCUCUUACGUGCAAAUACAUUUGACAUAUAAUAUACAUACUAUGUGCAGUCUAGAGCUCAACAAAACAAUGCAAAACCUCCCUAAUCUACACUAACUAACCUCACUCUCUCUGACCCUACAGGUGCUAUAACUACUGGUUUUGGGUCCCCAUCGUGGCCCCAAUGGUGGGGGCAGUGCUCGGCUCUGGGCUCUACCUGGUCUUCGUCCAAUGGCACUUACCAGACUCUGAGAUAAAUGAAACCAAUGACCUGCAGUUCAAGACAAUGGAUAUAAAGACUGUGAAAAAGCUGGAAAUCAUCAAAAACAACAAUGCUGUGGAGAUGGCCCACAAGGUCUAGUUGGCAUAACCUUGUCUCCAGGCUCAAUUGCUACACAGAGAGAGCCGGCUGGGUGGAUGAGAUUAUAGUUGGUGGUACAGAUGGAAGGAAAUACUAGUUUAAUCUAUUCUUAUAGCCUUUUUAUCAGAGCAAAGUAACCAUCUGUAUCUUGACAAAAUAAUUGAUACAUUAUCAAAUAGUGGUUGUACUGUUCUCUCAAAAGGUGCUCACCUGAACCAUGCAGUGUCUCUCAGCCUCUGCUUUCUGGGCAGGCAUCCUUGGACACGCCUACCUUUCUACGUCUUCUUCCAGAUACUGGGGGCCUUUAUGGCUGCUGCCACCGUAGGCCUGCAUUACUAU